UUGCUUGAGUGACAGCUCCUCCUUCAAUCACGAGGCGCGUUUAAAGCGAAGCGUACCGCCCAAGAGCGCACCGCCUCCAAUAAAAAAACCAGGGCAUUUUCGGGUUUACGCAACACUGCCUCGUCGUCAUAGUAACCAGAGGUCGGGAGAUCGUUUUUAGGCCCUAAGCUUUCGCGAUACUGAUGCCCGAGGAGUACUGGAAAGAGGAAGCCGAAGCCAGCCUUGGUAACUUGCCCAUUGCCCAUUGCCAUGGAACUGAGUCUGAACCGGAUGGAUUACCUGCAGGUGGGUGUGACAUCUCAGAAAACCAUGAAGUUGCUCCCUGCAUCAGGACGCAAAGCUACACAGAAGGUUGUUACUGGAGAUCACGAUGGUGUUAUUACCUGCUUUGGAAUAAAAAAAGGAGAAGCUAUCCCAGUAUUCAAGACUUUGCCAGGAGAAAAGAUUGCAAGACUAGAACUGGGAGGUGCUCUUAAUACUCUUCAGGAGAAAAUUUUCGUGGCUGCUGGUUCUGAAGUUCGAGGUUUCACAAAAAAAGGGAAACAGUUUCUUUCAUUUAACACCAACCUUACUGAAAACAUCAAAGCUAUGUAUAUAUCUGGAUCAGAUCUCUUUCUUGGUGCAAGCUAUAUUUAUAACCAUUACUGUGACUGUAAAGAUCAGCACUAUUACCUAUCGGGGGAUAAAAUCAACGAUGUACUCUGUCUUCCACCAGAUAAACUGUCUUGCAUUAUACCAGUAUUAGCAUGUCAAGAUAGAGUUCUUAGAGUUUUGCAGGGUUCAGAAUUAUUGUACGAAAUGGAAGUCCCAGGUCCACCUGCUGUUCUGGCCUUGAACAAUGGAAAUGGUGGUGACACUGGUGAAGAUGUUUUGUUUGGGACAUCCGAUGGCAAAAUUGGCUUGGUACAGAUUACUGGUGUUUCCCCAAUAGAAAAGUGGAAAGUUGGAAAUGAGAAAAAAAGAGGUGGCAUCUUAUGUAUGGAUAGUUUUGACAUUUUGGGAGAUGGAGUUAAAGAAUUGCUCAUUGGUAGAGAUGAUGGAAUAUUAGAGAUAUAUAAAUUUGAAACUGAAAAGAGCCCUGUUUUUAAAUAUGAAUAUGCCUUGUCGGAGAGUGUCACAUCCAUCCAAGGUGGCUGUGUUGGAAAAGAGGGCUAUGAUGAGAUUGUAACAUCUACAUUUUCAGGAUGGGUAUCUGGAUUAACUACUGAACCUAUUCACGGAGAAUGUGGAUUAGAUGAAUUGAAGAUGACUCAUGAAAUGCAGACUAAAGUUUCAUUCUUAAGGAAUGAAUUGGAACAGUUACAGAUGAAAGUACUUCAAGAACGUGAAAAAUACCAGCAGUCUUCUCAGUCCAGCACUGCUAUUUCAGCAGUCCCAACAUUCAGUAUAAAUGAUAAAUUUGCAUUAAACAAAGAUGAUGCCAGCUACAGCCUUGUUUUAGAAGUCCAGGCAGCAAUUGAUAUUGUCUUGUUACAGUGUGAUGUUCCUAUAGAUCUAAAGGAUGUGGAUAAAAAUUCAGCUGUGGUCAGUUUUACCGACUGUGAAGCUGAGCCAAAUGGUAACUUUCUCCUUGCUACUUAUCGAUGUCAAGUACAUACCACCCGAAUAGAACUAAAGAUUCUAUCAAUUGAAGGUCGCUAUGGAACUCUGCAAGCGUAUGUCAUUCCAAGAGUUCAACCCAAAACUUGUCAAGUUCGGCAGUAUCAGAUUAAGCCUUUGUCACUUCAUCAGAGAACACAUUGCCUUGACCAUGAUAGACCCAUGAAUACACUGACUCUCAAAGGACAGUUCAGUUUUGCUGAGGUUCAUUCCUGGAUUGUAUUUUGUUUGCCUGAAGUUCCUGAAAAGACACCAGUGGGAGACAGUGUCAGCUUCUACUUUCAGAACACUUUUUUGGAUACUCAGCUUGAAUGUACUUAUAGGAAAGGUGAGGGUUAUUUCAAAUCUGACAAUAUAUCCACAAUAUCCAUUCUCAAGGAUGUACUCUCUAAAGAAGCCACUAAAAGGAAAAUUAACCUCAAUAUAUCAUGUGAUAUGGAUGAAGCAUCUGUGAAUCAUACUUUAAACCUUAUCCAUCCAAAAUUAGAAUACCAGUUGAUGUUGGCUAAAAAAGUUGAACUAAUAGAUGCUUUAAAAGAAUUGCAGGCUCAUGAAGGUAACAUGGAUUUCCUAAUUCCAGAGUAUCGCAAUAUUUUGGAAGAGUCAGAUCAGCUACUUAUAGAACACAAGAAACAACCAACAUCUCUUGAAAGACUUUAUGGUAUGAUUACUGAUUUGUUCAUUGACAAAUUUAAGUUCAAAGGUACAAAUGUGAAAACCAAAGUUCCUCUCCUCCUGGAAAUUUUAGGAAGCUAUGAUCAAAAUACAUUACUUGCAUUUUUUGAUAGUGCUACCUGAACUACAAGAACUGAAAAAGCAAUGAGAUUUCUUUAAGGAGAAGAUACCAAGAUGCAAAUGAAGAAAACUGUUGUUUCAUUUAUAUAGUUUAUAUAUAAUUACAGUGCUUUUUUUCUAUUGAA